AUGCCGCCUCCGCACCAGGAGAACCUGCGCGUCCUCGCCAUCAUCCUCAUAAUCUUCUGGCUCACCACGUCGUCGGGCGACGGCCAGGCCGGCUACUUUGCGACCCCCUUCCUGACCCAGGAGCGCCUCGCGCGCCAGCGCCACGCGUUUUCCGUCCUCAACUCGACGAAAUGGGGUGACUUCAACCCGCGACAGGUGGGCGACCCGGCGAACGGGACCGAGCACACGCGGUAUAUCAACAUCACGGGCUUCAGACAGAAUGAUGGCCUCGCUUGGGAUGACCUGGGUCUGUUCAGGGAGCGCUGCUUGGAGACCAGCAGGAGUACAAGCCCCCUGUGGUCCAAGCCGAUCUCAGAGGAUGGUGAACCUGUCCUGGAGACUAGGGAAGACGGGGCGCCGACAAAGUCUAUGUGGGACAUGGCCGGCAUCCCAACGUGGUUGAAUGCGACUGGCUUGGUGAGGGGUUCUUGGACUCGACGAGAGGCGUCAUCCCCCAGGACUUGGUCCGACUAUAACUUUACGGCGAUGACGCCUGGCGUGAGCUGGAGCGGGACGCACGGCGAGUGGAACAGAAACGUGACGGGGUCCGAGGGGACGAUGCAGCUGCGGGUCGAGGAUAAGAAGCGACACAUGGAAUACGAAGAGGACAUCGACGCCAACGAUUUCGACGAGCACCAUCGACUCAGCACGGGUGGCUCAGUCCGCGAGGUCGCCGCGGGGCUGAUUAUCGAGGAUUCGGGCCAUGACGGGAGCGGGAGCAUGUACGAGAUGAGGCUGCAUGGGGUCCACUGGCCGGCGCAGGGGAACAUGCUGCUCACCACGACGAGCGAAAAGUUCGCGGGGAUCUUUGGCCUUCCGCACCUGACGCCUGACGAAAGUUUCUUCCAGUCGAGCCAGCAACUGCUGAACCAGACCAUCAACGAGGUUCUUAGCAAGAAGGAACGUUCAUCUUUUACGGACCAGAGCAACCCCUGGACUUCGAGUGUCGCGGGCGUAGAGGAAUCGUGGAACCCCUCGCCACAUUGCGAAUGGGUUGUCUACCUGCAGGUCCAUCCCCUAACUGGCAAUGACUUGCAGCACUCCGGGAACGAUAUAGGCGACGUGGUCAAGGAGAUUGAGAAUGAGCUGCGAUAUCCUACUGGAGCUCCGCUGCCUCAUGUGCCGGAGAUGAGGAUGUCUGCCGUGGUCUACUCGCCGGACUGUGCCUACUUCCUUGAAUCUAAAGGCCCGCCGCACUUCCCCGAAGCGCAGGGAAAUCAUUUGGUUGGUUUCAAAGAGGAGGUGUGGAUCUACGACCUGAAUCUCUAUCUCUUGGUCAUGGCUGCCAUCGUGUUCGGGCAGGUGCAUCUGCUCAAGUCACAGAUGAGAGAAUCGUACACUCCGUCCACCAUGGGCCGAGUCAGUUUCUGGACGAUCACCAUCAUGGUGCUAGUGGAUGGCAUGAUGUUCACUGUUGCCGCCGCGUUGAGCCUUGACUCUCCAUUCUUCCUCCGCGCGCUGGUCUUGACGUUCGCCCUGUUUAUGUCGAUGAUGAUCGGAGGAAGUUUCCUGGGUGAGAUCUACAAGGUCCAGGAAUCGGAGUGGCGGCCUCGAGAGCGCGAGCAUACUCCAAACAACAACACGCCGAGGCCGCCGUCAACGCCUGCUGCGACAGAAGACUCGCUACCUCGCCCGGUCACUGCAGGCGCUGCCGCGGCUGUCAGCCCGCCGAUAAUCGUCCCGUUUGACCAAGAUAUCGACGCCGAGAUUGCCGAGAACACGGCUGCAGGGGCAGCAGCCGUCCCUACCGCAGGCACGACAGGUACCGGGGCACAACAGUCGAGAGUGACCCCAUUCUCGAGCAUCAUCGGCCGGCUCUUCCUCGCCGGCUCUUGCAUAAGCUUUCUCUCACUCGCCGCCACCUCGUGGUGGCGGCCGCUCCGCAGCUUCUACGUCAAUACCAUGGUAUUCGCUUACCUAUCUCUCUGGGUCCCCCAGAUCAUCCGCAACAUGUACCGAAACAGCCGCCGCGCCUUCUCAUGGCGUUUCAUGAUCGGCCAGUCCGUCCUGCGGGUCUUACCGGUGGCGUACUUCUACCUGCGCAAGCGCAACGUGAUCUUCGCCGAGACAGACUGGAAGGCGUUCUUCGUCGUGGCGGGGUGGCUGUGGUCGCAGCUGUGGGUACUGGCGUUCCAGGACGUCCUCGGCCCGCGCUUCGGCUUGCCCAAGGGCUGGAUGCCCGAGGCCUGGGACUACCACCCCAUCCUGCGCGAGGACAACCUCGAGGCCGGCGGCCUGCCGAUCGGGCUCGUGCCGUCCACCUCCACCCCCGGAUCCCCCACCCUGGAGCGCGUGCGCUCCCUCAGCCUGAGCAGCGUGGAGGGCAGGGAGAAGAGCACGACUGCCGUCAAGGGGAUGCAUAUCCGCGCGAUCGAGUGCGCCAUCUGCCAGGAGGCCCUGGAGGUGCCGGUCGUCAAGGCCGGGCAGGACGUUGAGCCUGCUGGCGGUGGGGUUGCUGGUGUGCUGGAGAGGAGGAAAUACAUGGUCACACCGUGUAGGCACAUCUUCCACAAAGGUCCAGACUCGUAUUUCCGCGGCUCCGACCAUCAUCACCAGCAACAGGCGCACGAGCGCUCCUGGUACCUGGCUGAAUACCGCCAGCCCCUGGUGUCCCUAUGCCUGGUAUCGAGGCGCUUCCGGGACGUCGUCCAGCAGGUCCUGUACCAUGAGUUCGUGCUCGGGUACGGCGACUCGUGGCGGUCGGGCCCCUCGUCCUGGGACAGGCGGCUCACGUCCUUCCUGCGGACGGUCGGGCGGCGGCCCGAUCUCGCGGCCGCGGUGAGGAGGGUGUCUUUGCACCCGAGGCUGCUGGAGGCGGCGGAGCUCGGUGAUGUCGGGGCUGUCGUUGAGCUCCGGAUUAUGGGCCAUGGCCUCGGCCUGGAGUCUGGAGAUGAGGCCAGGCCUCCGUGUUAUCAUGCUCGUCCUGGUCAUGGGAGACACCGGCCGCCAACCCCAGAAAGGACAAUUGAGCGGUACCAACACGAACUCCGACAUAUUCAUCAUAUACCUCGGGUGGAUUAUGUCGACUUAUAUACUUCUACCGAGAGCUUCCGGGAGAGACACGCGCUCGGCCUCGAGCUCCUGGCGAUUCUGAUAGGCAUGUUGCCAAGUAUCGAGCGCCUGAGCAUUCAGCAGACCAUCGUCGACUACGAUACUCCUUACCUGUCGGUACUACGAUCAAUGACCACGGCCAAAGGAGCACGCCUUCUCAAGACUCUUGACAUCGCCACGCACGACCACUCGCCAGAGCUCAUGAUCAAAGUGCCCUCGCAGGCGGCGGCUGCCCUCGAGCUGGCGCAGGGUACACUGCAGACACUCAAUCUGCACAUGUGCAACGGGUUCUGGUCCACUGUCGAGGACGCACCUACCUUCAGAUCCCUCAAGACCCUCUGCCUGACACAGAGCCAUCUCAGCGCCGUGGAGCUCAGUGUCCUGCUGUCGUCCUGCACCGGUGGCCUCACCUCCUUCACAUACGAAGCUGCCUCGGUCUGCAGUAGUUUCUGGCGCAGCCAGUUCCACCCACGGGAAGCCAUCGAGGUCCUGAGUCCGCACAGUCGCACGCUCAAGACUCUGCAUCUGGAUCUGAGGCCAGUCUUCGAAAGACUGUUUAUACAGCCCAUGGCCCCGGCCAGCCUGGUGGACUUCACCGCGCUGGAGGACUUGUUCCUCAGCGCCAACACGCUGUGGAGGAAGGACCAGGCCUCCCCAGCCGACGAGGCCCAAGGCACCCGGCUCCUGCCCCAGCUCCUCCCUGCCAGCACGACGUCGCUGUGCAUCACCGGCCCGGACGUGGACAGGCGGCUGCGGCUGCUGCCCGCCGAGUUCCUCGGCAUCGCCCGGGCCGUGGCAGUAGGUGAGGGGAGGCUCUCCAGGCUGCGGCAGGUCAGGUGCGACUCGAGAAUUAAGUGGAGGCUUGACAAGGGGCUUGGGCCGGAAAUCGAGAGCAUCUUCCGGGCCGCGGGCGUGGAGUUUGGGUUCGCCAGCUGGCCGCUGAGCCAGACUACCGUCACCAGUAAGGACGUGCCGGUGCCGCUGAAACGAGGGAUGGAACCCUUCAACCUUGAUGACCGCGAUUGGGAAGAGUGGGAACGUGAUCAGGCUGAACGUAAGGGGGCUGGACGCGAGGAGGGGGGGGCGCAAGGGGAGUGA